UUUUAUCUAAAGCGAACAGAUGUUUUAAAUUUCCUCUCCCCUUUCCCAUUUCGCAAUAGCCAAAGUCCAUUCAGACCAUCCAACCUCUUGUAUUUUUUUUUUGUGAAAAAUAACCCAAACGCGGUCCACCCUAACGAAAAUGGAAGGUGAAAGUGGUGAAACUCUGUUGGAAAAAAAUGCCUCUGAUGUGGAAGAAAAAUCCCAUACUGAAGAUGAGGGCUCUUCGAAACCCUUGACGCAUUCCACACCCAUUGUUGUUAAUGGUGGUUUUAAUACGGACGAGUUUCUGGCACGCAUUAACAUCAAUUCAAAGAUCAAUAAUAUCUUGAGAUCGCCCAGCAAGACUCCCAGUGGCGUGCGCCAACGAUCGGUGUUUACAACCACAACAACGUCCCAGUUUAAUGCCAGUGCCGCUCCAUUUGUUUCGCAACAACAACGCCAUAUUGAUUCUACAGCCGUGGUAUCGUCCUUUGAUAUGGGUCCCAAAGACACAUCUACUCCCACGGGUCAUGUGGCGGUAAGGCAAUUGCCCAUGUCAAUGUCACCCCAUCCUUAUUACAAUGGCGGAGGCGGAGUUGUGUCGGCUGGUUAUGAUUCGCCAAUUAGCAGUCGUUCGAAUAUAACACGCAGUGGUGGUGGUAGCUAUGCCUAUAAUAACCGCUACCCCUUUGUGGGCCAUCCAUCACCCAUCUAUGAGUGUGAAAGUGAAGCUUAUCGCAUGCCUCCUAGCAUGUCCCCCCAACAUCAUGCCCAGCAAUUACCCCAGCCAAUGCCACCACCGCCAUUUGUUUUGGCACGCCUAACCAGCAAUCAACAUAGGGCUAGCGAAUAUGAGCAUCCAACAACACCACCACCACCUCUGGCAUCCUGUACCGGUGCUGGUCCCAUUGCCAUGACAAAUGGUACUAUUCAACUACGUUUACGGGAUGGUGUACGUAUUGACAUGACCUUGGACAAGGCUGUACGUGUGUUGAAUCAACGCAGCAUGGUAGCCAUUGGUUUGUCCAGCAAUUGUAAUAGCUCCGCCCUCAUCCAUCCCAAUGGACGUGUCCUACAAAGUGGCACAAAAGUCGAACUGGUGACCUAUGAUGGCAUGAAAACGAAUAACUAUGUACGCUAUGCCAAAAUGUGGUACAAGGGUGUAAGUUUUACCAGCGAAACGUGUGCCUUAAUUUAUUUGGUUGAUACGGCGGGAACGCGCACCACCACCGACACAUUCACCGAUCUAACCAAGGACUACACUCUGACCGUGUUCUAUGACAAUUCCCGCCACGGUCCAUCCUAUGUCCAAGCAGCCAAUGAGGUCAUACAAAAUGCAACCUAUAGUUGUACCGACGAUGGAACCGAAACGUAUGACAUAAAUGGUUUUCGUAUUACCCAAGCUGCUGAUGGCUUAGUCAAAUUAACUCGCACCCACAACAAGUGUUUGAUUCGCACAAGUCCGGGCAAUGGAUCGGCAACCUUAACCACAAUGGGCAUACAUUGCACAGCAUCGCUGGGAAAAACAUCGCAUUUAUUUGUAAGGCGCAAUGAGAAACGCAUGCAUUUCGAUGGUUCCAGUUUUAUUGUACGCAAUGCUGGACACUCAGCUGGAUUCAAUGAAGAUAAUUUGUUAAUUGUAUACUAAUCGAGUAAUUAUUGAAACAAACGGAACUUGUAAUUUUGCAAUCACUUCACAAUCAUGAUAAAUAUUGAAAUAUUUCCAAAAUUUCACAUUGAAAAUGAAACUGCAUAGACUAACGACAUUUCAAACAAUUUCAAACUCCCCCUCCCUCUAAUGUGAUGGAUUCUUUAAAUUCUCGGUUCAAGUGUCUUUAUUAUCAACAUCUAUCACCACCUACUAUUUUAAUUUAAAGUCAAUGAGAAUCAUAAAAUAAUUGCGAUAAAUGAAAAAAGGGUAACAUCACCGAGAUUGUGUGUUUGUGUGUAUCAACGUGAGUGUUUUAUAGAUGACUUAUCCUGUGCCAGUUAGGUUUAUCGUAAAAAGGAAACCCAAGAAGCGUAUAUUCAAAUAUCCAUUAUCAAUAUUGAGGAUGUAAACUCAGGAUGUUUGUAACUAGAUUUAGUUUUUUUUCUUUAUAUACAAUUUUCUACAUUUAAUUAGUAUAUAAUUGUUAUUUUACAAAUGCAUUUAUAAUUUGUUUUUCUAUUUGAAAUUAUCGGUCGAGUCCAUCAUUCGAUAAUGUUUAUGAAGUACCAAAAAAGCCAAAUUUGUAAAGUGUUAUGUGGUAAAUAAAAAUUGUUGUUACUCAAAUGAUGUAAAUAAGGUAUUUUUAAUUUGUGAAAGAAAAUUGGAAUUCCCAUAUUAAAAUAAAAUUAAGAAAUUCAGAAUUA